AUAUCUAAGCAAAAUAAAUGGCGACAAGCAUGGUCAUGGUGGUAUUUAUGCUUAUGCAUCUCGGACAAUACUCAAGUUGUAUGAUGACACACUAGUUCCAACGGAAAUACAACUUACAAAUGGUGAUCCGGAUUCUGUUCACCGGUUUCUUCCACUACACACUGACAGAGAUGAGCUUACUUGGAAACUUGCCAAAGCUCAUGUUGCAGCUAAUGAUUCUGCAUACCAUCAACUAAUUACCCAUUGGUUGCAUACUCAUGCAGUGGUGGAGCCAUUUAUCAUUGCUACUAGAAGGCAGCUAAGCGUGGUGCACCCAAUUCAUAGGCUAUUGGAUCCUCAUUUUAAACACACCAUGCAUAUAAAUGCACUGGCACGAACCUUUGUUAUAAACUCAGGGGGGAUCUUUGAGAACAUAUUGUUUACAGGCAAAUUUUCCAUGGAGUUGUCUUCUCAACUCUACAAGGAAUGGAGAUUUGAAGAACAAGCGCUCCCUACUGAUCUUGUCAAAAGAGGUAUGGCAAGUAAUGUGUCGGGUGGAGAAGAUUCAAAGUCGGACUUACAGCUGUUUUCAAACUUGUCUAGAAUAGUUCAAACUCUCAAAUCUAUGGCCUUUUGGUUGGCUGUAGAACUCGGAAAAUUAAACAGCUCCUGUAACUGUGAGGGAAAAUUAUGGGAAGAACUGCUCCAAGAAGUCUCAUUUAUUCCCGUUAGGGCAGCUACAGGAAUCGAAAAAGACCCAUAUUCAGUCCAUAACUUGACUAAACUAUUCAUAGAAAAACCAUCUUCGGCUGCUACCAUAGUGGAUAAAAUAAAAAAAGACCCGUCCUUGUCAAAGCUAUUCGCUAAAUCAAUUCGAAAAAACCCAUAUAUUAUGGCAAAAUUAGAAGAAAAUGCAAGACAAAAAUACCCCAGGUUGGAGCUUAAGGUGGAGGACUAUCCCUAUGCCGUUGAUGGACUUGAGAUAUGGAGAGCAAUCCAGAUGUGGGUUGCAGAUUUUUGUUGCAUCUUUUAUGAAGAUGAUAGUUCUGUAGAGUCUGAUGAAGAGAUCCAAGCAUGGUGGAAAGAAAUAAGAGAGGUUGGCCAUGGUGAUAAGGAAUGGGGGUCCCAGAUGAUCAAAGGUCGAUCUGAUUUGAUACAAACUCUAACAACUCUCAUCUGGAUUGCAUCUGCUUUUCAUGCUGCUAUCAACUUUGGCCAAUAUGCUUAUGCCGGUUACCCUCCGAACCGUCCAACCCUUUGUCGAAAACCCAUCCCUAAAGAAGGGACGGAAGAGUAUAAAACCCUCGAAGAGGCUCCUGAAAAGUAUUACCUAGAGACUUUGCCUGACAAAUUUCAGAUGGCUCUUACUGUGGCUCUAAUGGAGGUUUUGUCACGACAUGCAUCCGAUCAAGUUUACUUGGGUCAGAGGUCGUCGCCAAAGUGGACUGACAGCCAACUAGCACUCGCAGCGUUUGCAGAGUUCCAACAAAGGCUUGGCGACAUCCAGGAAAAAAUCUCAGAGAGGAAUAAAAAUAUCCAACUUGCCAACAGAUUUGGACCUGCUGGAAUGACUUACACACUCUUGUAUCCAGAUACAUUCAACCAUGCAUCCAAAGCUUACAUAUCAGGAAAAGGGAUCCCCAGUAGCAUCUCCAUUUAAUUACUUGCAGACUUCUGUAUCCUGAUGUUCCAAGUCAUGUAUCUCAAGGAUACAUCUCAAGAAAAGGAAUCCCCAAUAGCAUCUCCAUCUAGCUUAGCUCACAUGUUGAUUUACAGCUUUUCCUCUUGUCAAAGAAAUAAUUAAUUUUCUUUUUUUUUUUAGGAAUGUCUAAUUUUUGAAACAGAAGAAAAUCAAGGACUGGAAGACAGAGAGAGAUUGCCAAGACCUGCUGACAGUUUUGAGUCGAAUUUUUACUUAUUUGCCUGUAUUCUCGUUUUAUUCAUUUACUGUUGUUAUUAAUUAGCUUAUAACUGCUGAGUUUUGAUAGUUAGAAUAUCUAGAUGGUUUUCUCGAUUAAUUGAACUGUUACUCAUUUGAUUUUCUCCAUUUGUAUUCCGGGGAAGCAUUUAACAGAUGGAAGCUGAUCAUUGAGGAAAGUGUACAAACAAUGAUUCUGUAGAAUGCAAGAUUAUUGAUGAAUUUCUGAAAGAAUAAAGACCUUGAGUCUGUCAAUUUUUCCCCAA